AUGGAACGGUUUGCGGCCUACGCCACUUAUUUAUCGGCCAGAGCGGCUCCAACAGCACGGCGCCCGGAAAUCUGCCCUUGCGGGCAGGAGCCGACCCGCCUGCCCUCAAAAAGCCUCCGGAACGUCUCUUUACAGACCCGCAAAUUUGAAAGUCCCCAGCCCGCGCAGCCGCCCUCCCCAAUCUAGACUUAAGUGGGUUGGCGCUGUUGGCAAAGCGCUGUAAAACACGCCACCCCAAAUAUAACCCCCAUAGUUUGCGCUACCAAAGACGCGUGACGCAUGGAUGCGUGGAGUGAGGAUUGCUUACGGAAACCUCACAGGUUGAGUGAUGUAGGAGAUUGCCGGACACAUAGACGUGUUGAGUGAUAAUAGCUGUAUACUGAAACCCCAAGAGUUGAGUGAGGUUUGAGAUUGCCAGACACAUGGACGAGUUGAGUGGGGAUAGCUGCAUACUGAAACCCCACGGGUUGAGUGAUGUUGGAGUGCCGGACACAUAGACGCGUUGAAUGAGGAUAGACACAUAUUGAACCUCACAGGUGAUUUGUAUUGGAGAUUGCGGGACACCUAGACGUGUUGAGUGAGGAUACCCUGCAUACUGAAACC